GGUAGCCAAGCGGGCAUGAGCCAGCCCCGGCCUGGUCGCCUUCCCUGCCAGCCCCCCGGCGUCGCCCCCAUGGCAGGCAGGAUCAGCUUCACCGUCCGGAGCCUCUUGGAUUUACCCGAGAACGACGGCGAAGGAAGCAGCGGCCAAAGCAGGAGAGACGCUGAGCCUAUGGACGGGGGCUACAGAGGCGGAUCCCUCUUCGGGGAAUGGAUGGAGACUGAGCGGAGCCACUAUGUGUCUUCGGAUGAGAGCUGUGGCGAGGGCAGGAUUCACCCCGCGGCGAUGGCUCCGGCUCCACGGGGUUUGGAGGAAGAGGACGAGGAGGAAGAGGAAGAGGAGGAGAAGAAGAAGAAGCGUCGCGUGCUCUUCUCCAAGGCGCAGACGCUGGCGCUGGAGCGGCGCUUUCGGCAGCAGCGCUACCUGUCUGCGCCGGAGCGGGAGCAGCUGGCCCACUUGCUCCGCCUGACGCCCACCCAGGUCAAGAUCUGGUUCCAGAACCACCGCUACAAGAUGAAGCGGGCCAAGGGCGCCGAGAGAGGAGGAGGAGAAGCCGGAGGAGGGGGCCUCGGGGCCCGAGAGGGGGCGCCUCUCCUGCGCCGGGUGGUGGUGCCCAUCCUGGUCAGGGACGGCAAGGCCUGCCAGAGCUGCACCGGGGCUGCCACCCCUCCAGGGCAGGACUACGGCCUCCCCGGGACCUACCCGGCCUUUCCCCAGGCCGCCUCCCUCGGCCUUUUCCCCGCUUACCAGCACUUAGCGCCGCCGGCCUUGGUGUCCUGGAACUGGGGCUGAUGGGCA